AUGUCAAACAAUGCGAUCCCUUCAGCAGUCAUUGCUUUACUGAGUCGCGCAAAAGCGAAGUAUGUGGAUACAGCGAAGAAUGACAUCCUGGCGGCGCUGAGUGCCUUCCCGGAUUUGGCGCCCGAUGUUGAGCAUUUUGUCUAUCCGGACAGAACUCGGGCCCUCUCCUUCCGUCUCAAGGGUACCAUUCCUGUUGUAUACAAGGGUAAUACGUACAACAUUCCAGUGGCGCUGUAUCUGUGGGAUACGCAUCCAUAUUAUGCGCCCAUAUGCUAUGUUUGUCCGACGCCGAGCAUGAUGCUGAAGGAGUCGAAGACG